AUGUCUGCAGAAAGCCCUGGCCAGAAGUCUGGCUUCCGGUCAUUUGUCUCCAAUGCCCUUCGCCCCAAAAAAUCCCGCCAGACUCUCCGCAAGGGAAGCAUUGGCAGUCGGUCAACGUCAGACUUGCGCAUGCCCCGACCCAGCGCCGACGAGCCACCACCAAUGCCUAGCCUUGCACCCCUACAAGCCCACAGACUGAAGUAUAAAGAAGCACAUUCGCAGCUGGAUACCCAAUUGGGUGAGCGCCAGGACUACACAACUAUCAUCCACACGAUCGGCCUGCUUGAGCCAGACGACAGCUACGGACCGAGUUACAUCGACAAUAGAAACCGACCACCAGGCGAAGCAGACAUCGCCAAGCUCCCAUCACGGCUCUGGGUGCGCAUAGCAAGCUACCUCAGCCCAGCGGACGUUGCAAGCCUCACAAUCUCCUCCAAAACCCUCUAUCGCCACCUAGGCCCUCGCUUCCUCAUGGUCCUCGAUACGCCCAACAACCGCGACCAUCGCCUGGAGUUCCUCGUCCGCCUCGACGAAUCUUUCCCCCAUCACCUCCUCUGCUACCCCUGCGGCAAAUACCACCGGCGCACCCAAGCAGGCGCCGAACGUCUCCGCCCCGCCCACGUCCUCAACCCGCUCUUCGUCUGCCCCGAGGCAACCAACAUCCUCAACCCCCAGCCCCGCCACCGCAUCACCCAUGGCCGCCUCAUCCCCUACUCCUUCGUGCAGCUUGUCCUGCGCGCCCACCAAUUCGGCCCGCACUACGGCGUCCCCGUGUCAUCGAUGGGCCGCCGCUGGUCGCGCGACGAAUGGUCCCACCACACGCGCUUCCACGUGCACGCCGGCCGGCUGCUGAUGCGGGUUACAAGUCAAACAUUCGCCGACCCCGGCCUCCCCGCCUCCGCGCAGCGAAUGCUCCUGUUCUCACGCGAAGACUACUGGCCGUACUUCAGCGCAUGCGCGCACUGGCGCGACGGCGAGCUCAUGCAAGCCUGCAAGUGCGCGCUGGGCCACAUCCCCGUACCGCGUGACACGGGCGGGCUGCAGGGCAUAGAACACCGCGUGAAAGAUCGGUUGGCGGGCCAGAAGUUCGAUCCGAAUGCGCUGACGAGGUUGUGCGGGUUCUGUCGGCCCAUGCGGCGGUGCCCGGAGUGUCCGACGGAGUAUCUGAUCGAGGUCAAGCUGGCGGAGGAUAAGAGUGAUCCGCGAGGGUCGGUGUUCCGGCAUACGCUCGUUGUGACGCGGUGGACCGAUCUGGGGGAUGGAAAGUCGCCCCGGGGGUUUGAGUGGGGGGGCUCGUAUUCGAAGCGUGGGAUUGCGAGUAUUUUUGAGGCGGCUUUUACGGCGGAUACGUUGCCUGGCCAGAGGGUUAUCUCGUUGAAUCCGAAGGGGAAGAAGCUCGGGGAGGAUGGGAAUGAGUGGUAUUAG